AUGACAGGAAUACUCAACCUGCCAGAAGAGAUCCGCCCAUUCAUCGGCAAGUUCCUCGACACAAAGGCCAUCCAAGCCUGCCUUCUCGUCAGCCGCUCCUUCCACCAGUCCUUUGAACCCAUCCUCUGGCAAAAAGUCGUUAUCCGACCCACCAAACCCGACCCUGGCUAUAUCAGCGCUCUCAGAACCCGAACCUGGGACGUCCACAACUAUGUCAUCCACGACACUGUCGCCUCGGAGUUCUACCAGUUGUCCUUCCCGCAUUUGAGACGUCUGCAGUUGUCCGACAAGGGGCAUGAGGUUUCGAAUAGAGCAGACAAGAAUGAAGAUAGUCAUCCUCUUCCAUUGAUUUAUGUACAACAGGCUAACAACCAGACGCAGCUCGUCCGGCUCAACCCGACUACUCAGACCCUUGUCGUUACUAACCUGCCAGCGACGCCCGAUGCCGAGUUCUGGGAGACUAUCUAUUCCGCUUGGGUUAGCCCUCAGAUCCUUCAUGCCACAGGACCCGUCGCUUCGACUGAAGAAGCCGCCAUCGCCUUCUGGAGAGCCUGUACGCGAUUCUCCGAGCUCAGUCUGCUCAGCCUCACCGUCGAACCCUCGCUCAUCUUCUCAACCCUCACCUUCCCUCGUGUCCGCCGUCUCAACAUCCAAACAACAUCCGGAAUCCACACCCGCUGGGACAAACCCCAAGACCACCUGGCCCUCAUGAAGGCCUGUCCACAGCUGAAGCACCUCACCUGGGACGCCAUAAUGCUUUCGUCGACCUCGCUACCAUCCCCAUCGGCUCUACUUUCGGAAUUCCGACAGGCGAUCGAACUGAACCAUUGGCCCUACCUUGACAGUCUAGAAUUCUGUUGGCUGUACAACAAACUCGGCAAGGAAUUGGCACUAUUACUCGACGCCUUCCCAAACCCCCUGAUGGCUCUUCGACUCAGGACAUGUGCUUUCAACAGUCAUGUAUUGGCGGUGCUGAAAGAUAAAAAGUUCGAGUCGCUCAGGAUACUAAAGAUCUAUGCCAAUUGUGGCAUUACCAGCAAGGCAACCCUCGACAUCCUAACAAGCUGCCCCAACAUCGAGGUCUUCCGGUCGACACAUAUCUAUGCAGGCGAUGUUAAUCCUUCAAAACCCUGGGUUUGUAAACGCCUCCGCAGUCUCACCGUCUGCUUCAUCCAUCGCGAAUCUACCUCGAGCCGUGCAGCAUUGGACCAACAAGUGUACACACAACUUGCAAACCUGACCAACCUGACCCGACUUGAUCUUGGACAGUACUCGAUGGGUUAUACGACUUCUGACCCAGAGUUUCACCUCAGGGACGCAAUGAACACGCUGGACCUUCGACUCAAGGCAGGACUGGGACAGCUCUCGACAUUGACCAAGUUACGGUUCUUUGGAUACGCCUAUUCGUUCCAAGUUACGGGACAGGUGGAGCUUUCGUGGAUGAUGGAGCAUUGGAGAGAGUUGAGGACCUUGAUUGGGCAGCUGGAUGGGAUUGAGCGGUCGGCUCUUAGGGCUAUGGAGGCGCGUGGAGUCGAGUACCGGCUGUCUGCGCGUGAAUGUUGA